CUAGCUACACCUAUUUCUCUCUUCUCUCUUUCUUCAUUUUCCCCAAACCCUCACCAAAAGAGAAAGGAAAGAAGAUCAACAAACAAAGGAUUGUAGUAUGGUUGAUUCACUUAUUUCUCCUGAAUCCUUUUUGGUUUCUCACUUCAUUACUUUCCCUUUCCAACUCUUUUUUGGUGAAGGUUAGAACUAAUUCCAUCAAUUUCAUAGCUAGAAAGUAAAUUCAAAUACAAGGUUAGAUGGAUCAAUUAGCAGCUCAUGGCCGUCCUCUUCCACCUCCUUUUCACACAAGAGAUCUUCAGUUGCAGAAUAACAAUCCUCACCUCCACGGCCAGUUCCAUCACAUACAACAACAGCAACAGCAGAAAACUGAAGACGAACAACAAAGCGGACACAGAAAUCAGAAACGAGAUCGUGACGAUAACUUCAGUUUAAAUCCUGAUCAAUCCGGUUCGAUGGAUAGCAAAGGAAACACUAUUGGAGGAGGAGGAGGAGAUGGCGGUGGAGAAGUCAGUAGAAGACCAAGAGGAAGACCAGCUGGUUCAAAAAACAAACCAAAACCACCAAUCAUUAUCACUCGUGAUAGCGCUAACGCUUUGAGAUCUCAUGUUAUGGAAAUCGCUAGUGGUUGUGAUAUACAAGAAAGUAUCUCAAACUUCGCCACCAGAAGACAACGCGGUGUUUGCAUAUUAAGUGGGAGCGGAACUGUUACAAACGUUACAAUUAGACAACCCGCGUCUCCGGGUGCGGUGGUAACUCUACAUGGAAGAUUUGAAAUCUUAUCUCUUUCCGGUUCAUACUUACCACCGCCAGCUCCGCCAGCCGCAUCAGGGCUGACGAUAUACUUGGCCGGAGGACAAGGCCAAGUAAUUGGCGGUAGCGUUGUCGGGCCGUUGAGUGCUUCAGGGCCGGUGGUGAUAAUGGCGGCUUCGUUUGGGAAUGCAGCAUAUGAAAGGCUUCCACUUGAGGACGAAGAAUCACCGGUGGGGCAGCAAGGAAAUGGAGGAAAUUUACCAACAAGUAGUGGUAUAGUAAGUACUAAUCAAGGUGCAGCAGCACAACAAAUUAUGGGUACUGAUCCAAAUGCUAAUUUACUACAAGGAUUGCCUCAAAAUCUACUAAAUUCAUGUCAAUUACCACCAACUGAGGCUUAUUGGGGAGCAGGAGGUCGUCCUCCUUAUUGAUUAAAAUUAAAAUAAUAAUUGGGAAUUGACUUC